AUGGUUGGCACAAUGAACGAACAGAAGAUCUCUGGAUACUUCAAGGACAAGAGCAUACUGAUCACUGGAUCAACAGGAUUUCUUGGAAAGUUACUGGUGGAGAAGAUACUGAGAGUUCAGUCUGAUGUGAAGAAGAUCUAUCUGCCGGUGCGAGCACCAGAUGCUGCCGCGGCACAGCAGCGGGUGGAGACUGAGGUGGUAGGGAGUGAGUUAUUCGGACUCGUAAGGCAAAAGCACGGGGAUGGGUUUGAAUCAUUCAUGAGAGACAAGAUCGUCCCGUUGGCUGGAGAUGUGACGCUCGAGGACUUUGGUGUCCAUGAGGAGACUCUAAAGGAGCUCCGGCUGCCCCAGGAGCUGGAUGUUAUCGUCAAUGUGGCUGCCACCACCAGCUUUUACGAAAGGUAUGACGUGGCUCUCGACGUGAAUGUGCUGGGAGUGAAGCAUAUGUGCAACUUCGCCAACAAGUGCCCCAAUCUUAAGGUUCUCCUCCACGUCUCCACUGCUUACGUGGCAGGUGAGAAUCAAGGGCUCGUGCAGGAGAGGCCGUUCCGGUAUGGCGAGACGUUGUGCAAUGGGCCUCCCCUAGACAUCGACACCGAGCUGAAUCUGGCCAGGGAGCUCAAGAAGCAGAUGGAGACCGAUUGUGAUAUGGAUCCGUCGCCCCAGGCCCAGAGAAAGGCCAUGAAGGACCUUGGCCUCACCAGGGCCCGAUACUUUGGAUGGCCCAACACGUACGUGUUCACCAAGUCCAUGGGGGAAAUGAUGAUAGGUCAGCUGCUCAAGGGCGAGUUCCCUGUUGUCAUCGUCCGUCCGAGCAUUAUCACCAGCGUUCACAAGGACCCUUUGCCUGGAUGGAUCGAAGGCGCGAGGUCGAUUCAUGCGGUCUUGAUACGCUACAUAAAGCAGAACCAGACAUGGUUCAUCGCUGACCCCGACCUCACGGCAGAUGUGAUACCUGGCGACAUGGUGGUAAAUGCCAUGAUUACAACGAUGGUGGUGCAUGCCUACUACUCACUAGAGAACACAUCAAAAUCUCAUCUCAAUCCAAGUUUUCCAGCAGUGUACCAUGUCAGCACAUCACUGAGUCACCCGGUCCAAUGCUCGGUGUUGUAUAAAGCUAUGCUUAGGUACUUCAAGGAGCACCCUGUCGCUGGACCUAACGGCCGCAUCGUGCCCACCCGUAAGAUUCGGUUCAUCACAAGCAUUUUCUUGUUUCGCCUCUUCAUGGUGCUUUGGUAUCGCAUCCCCAUAGAGCUUCUACACCUCAUCUCCAUCCUCUUGUGCGGUCUCUUUGGCCUCAAUGUCCUCUACCACGACCUCAUUCGUAAUUAUAGCCACGCUAUGCAACUGGUGGAUCUGUAUGGGCCCUUUGCACUAUUCAAGGGGCGAUUUGACGACAUCAACUUAAACAGGCUCAGGCUCAGGCUCACCAUGGAUAGCGAGCAUGGAGGCCUCUUCAAUUUUAACCCCAAGACCAUUGAUUGGGACGACUACUUCUACAGGAUCCACAUCCCUGGGAUUAUGAAGAUGGAGAAAUAA